AUGGCUAUACGAAAGAAAGUUAAUGCUCCCUCAGAACAGUUGUGCAAAGGGAUGUGCGACAAGCCAUUUGCGACAUUUGGAAGAAGAAAAGGACGUCGUAACAGUCUUUCCAACUUUUUCAACGCGGUUCCUUCUGCUGGCAGCUGGGGCAAAGUGCUUCGAUUCGUCGCAAGCUUUGAAAUAAGGAGGCCCUGCGAGGACAUUCCAGCACGCAACAGCAAGCCUGGGCAAGGCGUGGAGCCCACUAACCUGAGCAAGCUCUCGGGGAGAAAUGGCUCGGGAUGCUGUCUUUGGGCAGCUUACGUCAUUGCUGAUGCCACGUUGGCCUCAACGCAAUAA